AUGCGUUCCAACUCAGGAGUUGAAUUUGAGAGCCAGCCCGACGGCACUGGGUUCAAGGAUGAUGGAGAACGAAAGCAAGAGACCAAUAUUGAAAAGUCUGAGAGCGUCAUUGAAGGCGUCACAGAGGAGCAGGAUCAGUUCAAACCUCUUCCUGGAGUGAAGCCCUGCGAUGGAAGAAGAAUCUUGACCGUGCGUGCCGUCGCGACAGGUGUAUUCUUGGGUUCGGUCAUCAACUGCUCAAAUCUUUAUCUUGGUCUGAUGACCGGAUUUGGCGCUGAUGCCACUUUAUUUGCGUCCAUUUUCGGCUACGCUAUUUGCAAAGCUCUGGAAAAGUCAAAGAUCCCCUUCUUGAGUGGUGAUUUCGGGCCUCAUGAGAACAACAUCAUUCAAGCCGCCGCCCUGGGAUGCAUCAGCAUCGGCUUCAUGUUCAUGAGCGGUGUCCCUGCCAUGUACCAACUACAUCUCCUGGGGCCGACCCCUCAGUCGGACUUUGGAAGAAUGAUUUGCUUCGCCCUUGUUGCAGGAUUCUGGGGACUUGGGUUCACCGUGCCGCUGCGCAACUUAUUCAUCCUCCGCCUCGCACGUCAACUCAGCCUGUACUUCCCGCUUGGAACGGCGUCUGCGAUCACGAUUCAGACGCUGCAUUCGAUCGAAGGCAGCACAGGACAGGCACGACAACACGUCAAGGCCAUCAGCAUCUCGUUUAUCUUCUCUCUGAUUUGGUCUGUGGCAACAUCAUACGCUCCCGGCAUCCUUUACACCUGGAAUCCCUUAUGGUGGAUUUUCAAAUGGGGAGGACGGUCUGUGAUUUCUGCCAUCAGUUGGGGCUGUUUCUCGUGGUCGUGGUCACCUUCAAUGAUCGGGAUAGGCGCCCUCAUUGACUUGAACGCGGCACUAUCAUAUUUACUAGGAACGGUACUCGCCUGGGGAGUGGUGGGCCCGAUAAUUGUCGACAGAGGCGCCGCUGUUGGCAUACCCUAUGCACCUGACUAUCCCGAGCUUCUCACAUACAACGCUUUCAUCCUGACUCAGUUCAGCACCACGCCCUCCCCACGUUACUGGAUGCUUUGGCCCGCGACAUUCAUGAUGCUUGGCGUCUCUCUCACGACAAUUCUCCUCGAAGCAAAGAACUUUGCACGGAUGUCCAAGUACGUGACACUUGUCUCCGUCAUCUUUGCCCUUGUGGCUCUCAAAUACGUCUUCGGUAUCCCGCCAGCACUGAACUUACUCAAUCUUGCUCUCGGCUUCAUGUGGUCUUUCGUCGUCAUUCAGGUUUAUGGCGCCUCGGGCACAACACCCAUCACAACUGUUGCGAAGGGCUCUCAAUUCAUCACAGGUGGCAUCCUGCGCCACGAGAUUCAGCAACGAGGCUAUGAAUCAGUAGCUCGGAUCAACCUCGCAGAAUGUGUCAUAAGCUCGGCGGCUGCUCAACAGGCAGGUGAGUUGUGUCAAGACUUCCGCACCGGCUUCUUGCUCGGCACUCCGGCACGUCCCCAGUGGCAUGCGCAGAUGAUUGGCAAUUUCGUCGCUGUGUUCCUGUCGCCAGCGAUCUUCCUCUUAUUUGCAAAGGCAUUCCCAUGCAUUCUCGAUGCCGAGGCAACGACCUGCCAGUUCACUCUUCCAGCGGUUACAUCCUGGCGCGUCGUCACUCAGGCAAUCUUCAUGGACACAUUUCCCAUAUCUCAGUCCAGUUGGAUCUUUUCUAUAUUGAUGACGCUUCUUGGGAUGGGGAGUGUUGCCCUGAAGCGAUACCUUGUCGGUCACAAGAACCUCAGCGCUUUUCAAGUUUGGGUUCCGAACAUGUCGCUGGUGGGUCUGGCGAUGACCAUUCCAGGGUCCUCAGUGACUUUGACGGUUACUAUCGGAGCUGUGGCUGCACAUCUGUGGAAGCGAUACUCCCCAAGAACUCAUGAGAGAUUUCUUUACGCUGUUGCGGCAGGUGGAGUGGCCGGCGAGGGCGUUGGAAAGCCUCAGCUUGGAACUCAGUGA